GGCAGGUUAGGUGGCUUCAGUGUGUGUCUGCGGCGGCUCCAGGCAGGUUUGCAGGCGGCGGUAGCGGCGGAGGCAGCGGCAGCUCAGGACAGCAGGCAUCGCACCACCUCACACCGAGAUGUCGUCGUACAAAGUGUCGGCCGUGGCUGCCAAGGAGAAGGCCAAGGCAGAAGCCGCCGACGCAGAGGCCGCCGGCGACGUGUGCGCGGACGGGCGCGGCCCCGUGUGGAAGGUGUGGCGGCGCCGGCGCUACGUGGUGGCGCUGCUCGCCUUCCUCGGCUUCUUCAACGUGUACGCGCUGCGCGUCAACCUCAGCGUCGCCAUCGUCGCCAUGACCGCCUACCGCAACGUCACGCUCGACAACGGCACCGUCACCCAGGUGCGCGACUUCGACUGGGACUCUGAGACGCAGGGCGCGGUGCUGAGCUCGUUCUUCCUGGGCUACCUGCUGACGCAGGUGCUGGGCGGCUGGCUGGCGGCGCGCGUCGGCGGCCAGCGCGUCUACUGCAUCGGCAUCGCCACCACGGCGCUGCUGACGCUCGUCACGCCGCCGCUCGCCUCGGCCAGCCUCUACCUGCUCAUCGCCGUCCGCGUCAUCGAGGGGCUCUUCGAGGGCGUGACGUACCCGUGCAUCCACGCGGUGUGGGCGCGCUGGGCGCCGCCGCUGGAGCGCAGCCGCAUGGCGACGCUGGCGUUCUCGGGCAGCUACGUGGGCACCGUCGUCUCCAUGCCCGUCUGCGGGCUGCUCGCCAAGGAGGUCGGCUGGCAGUCCAUCUUCUACGUCUUCGGCGUGGUGGGCCUCGUGUGGUGCACGGCUUGGUGGCUGGUGGUGGCCGAGGGUCCGGAGAAGGACCCCAGGAUCUCGCCGGAGGAGCUCAAGUACAUCCAGGACUCGCUGGGCCCCGACAGCGACCACAAGAAAGUCGUGCACCCUUGGGGGAAAUUCCUGACGUCGAUGCCUGUGUGGUCGAUCGUGAUGGCGCAUUUCUGCGAGAACUGGGGUUUCUACACACUGCUGACGCAACUGCCCACGUUCAUGAAAGACGCGAUGCACUUCAACCUGAAGGAGGCGGGCUUCAUGUCGGCGCUGCCGUACCUGGUCAUGGCCAUCAUCCUGCAGUUCUCGGGACACCUCGCCGACUGGCUGAUGCGCCGCCAGAUCCUCUCCACCACCAUGGUGCGCAAAGUGUUCAACUGCGGCGCGUUCGUGGCGCAGACCGUGUUCAUGCUGGCCGCCACCAACGUGCUCACCCCGGUGGGCUCCACCGUCUUCCUCACGCUCGCCGUCGGGCUCGGAGCCUUCGCGUGGUCUGGCUUCAGCGUGAACCACCUGGACAUCGCGCCGCAGCACGCCAGUGUCCUCAUGGGCCUCUCCAACACGGUGGCCACGCUGCCCGGCAUCGUCAGUCCUAUCAUCACGGGCUACAUCGUCACCGACAAGAGUGUGGAGCGCUGGAAGUACGUGUUCUACAUCGCGAGCGCGAUCUACCUCACGGGCGCCAUCUUCUACGGGCUGUUCGCGUCCGGCGAGCGCCAGCCGUGGGCGCUGGAGCCGCCGGCCCAAGACGAGGAGAGGCCCAAGGAUGACGCCAAGGGCGGCCACGUCAACCCGGCCCUCGAGCUCAACGAGGCCCUCUGACAGCCGCAGCGGCACGCCGCACACACCACGCAGCGGGCAGCAGCCGGCCCCAGUCCCAGCUCGCUGCCAGCUGUCUCCAGUAUUACGAUACCAAACUAACGCCCGGCACUUUGCGGCCCUCGUGACGAAGGGUACGUUUGCGUUGGAGCUGUGAUAGAUUAGAACAGCGUCGAGGAGGGCAGCGAGCGAAGCGAAGCACGGAUCUCAGCUCCACGACGGAGCUUCGGCAUCAAAGACGGACAGAGCGUCAACAGUGUACAGGGUACUAAUAAAUUAGUUGUACAAAAGUAGCUAUCAGUUGUCAAAAAACUAAAUACAGCAGUCAAUACAGUA